GAACAUCUGAAACCCAGACAUGGCAGUGUCAAAUAUGGUGUUCUCUGACGUGGAAAGUUUUCUGGACUCGCACCCCGAGUUGCUGGAGGAUUACCUGAACAGAAAGGGGGAUUACGGCAUGGUGGAGAAAUGGCUGAAGAACCACCAGCCGACCAAAAGUCCCGCCGCUUCUCCAGCUCCAGCCGAACCCAGGGAGGAGAAGAUCAACAAGGACAGCUGGGCCAGCAAAUGCGACGGUCUGCAGCGGAGGGCGUCUCAGAAGGAGCUGCGCAAAACUUUCGCCCGAUCCAAGGCCAUCAACGCCAACAGGACGUACGAUGAGCACGUGAACUCUCGGGCUCAGGAGCCGCUGACGAGCAUGAGGAGGAGAGCGCUGCUGAGGAAAGCCAGCUCUCUGCCUCCGACCACUGCGCACAUCCUGAGCGCGCUGCUGGAGUCCAGAGUCAACAUCCCCCAGUACCCAUCCACGGCCGUGGAUUUCAAAUAUUACCUCAAAGAGAACAACGAGAGGGAGUUCUUCCUGGAGCUGGUCAAAGACAUCUCCAACGACUUGGAUCUGACGAGUCUGAGCUAUAAAAUCCUGGUGUUUGUGUGCAUCAUGGUGGAUGCUGACCGCUGCUCCUUGUUUUUAGUGGAGGGAACUGGCAACAAAAAGACACUAGUGUCCAAAUUCUUUGACGUGCACGCAGGCACCACAGUUUUACCCUCCAUGAACUCAGAUGAAGUUCAAGUUCCCUGGGGGAAAGGAAUCAUUGGAUAUGUGGCUGAACAUGGAGAGACAGUGAAUAUUCCUGACGCCUAUCAGGACCGUCGGUUCAGUGAUGAGAUCGACAAGCUGACAGGAUACAAGACCAAGUCCCUUCUGUGCAUGCCCAUUCACAACAGUGACGGGGAGAUCAUUGGAGUCGCUCAGGCCAUCAACAAGACCUCAAAUGGAGAGCUCUUCACUGAAGAUGAUGAGAAGGUGCUGCAAAUGUACCUACCCUUCUGCGGGAUCGCCAUUUCCAACGCUCAACUGUUUGCCGCCUCCAGGAAGGAGUACGACAGGAGCCGGGCGCUCCUGGAGGUGGUCAACGACCUGUUCGAGGAGCAGACAGACCUGGAGAAGAUCGUCAGGAAGAUCAUGCACCGUGCACAGACGCUCCUCAAGUGCGAGCGUUGCUCCGUUCAGCUGUUGGAGGACAUCGAGUCGCCGGUGGUCCGGUUCACCAAGUCGUUUGAGCUGCUGUCUCCAAAGUGCAGCGCAGAUGCUGAGAGCAGCUUCAAAGACAGCAUUGAGAAAUCGUCUUACUCCGACUGGCUCAUCAACAACAGGAUUGCAGAGCUGGUGGCAUCAACAGGACUACCCGUAAACAUCAGUGACGCCUAUCAGGAUCCGCGCUUUGAUGCUGAGGCUGAUCAGUUUUCUGAUUUCCAUAUCCGCUCCGUGCUUUGUGUCCCCAUAUGGAACAGCAAUCAUCAAAUCAUUGGUGUCGCUCAGGUGCUCAACAGGCUGGAUGGGAAACCCUUUGACGAUGCGGAUCAGCGUCUGUUUGAGGCAUUUGUGAUCUUUUGUGGGCUGGGAAUCAACAACACCAUCAUGUAUGACCAGGUGAAGAAGUCCUGGGCCAAGCAGUCCGUGGCUUUGGAUGUUUUGUCCUACCAUGCAACAUGCUCCAAGACUGAAGUUGACAAAUUUAAGGCUGCUAACAUCCCCCUGGUCUGUGAGCUGGGCAUCGACAAGCUCUCCUUUGAUGAUUUCUCCCUGGACGUCGACGCCAUGAUAACGGCGGCGCUGAGAAUGUUCAUGGAGCUGGGGAUGGUGCAGAAAUUCAAGAUCGACUAUGAAACACUGUGCAGAUGGCUGCUGACUGUCAGGAAAAACUACAGGAUGGUGCUCUACCACAACUGGAGACACGCCUUCAACGUUUGCCAGUGCAUGUUCGCCAUGCUCACGACAGCAGGUUUCCAGGAGGUGCUGACAGAUCUGGAGAUCUUAGCGCUCAUCGUGGGUUGUGUGUGCCACGACUUAGACCACAGGGGCACCAACAACGCUUUUCAAGCCAAGACGGGUUCAGCUCUUGCUCUUCUUUAUGGGACCUCUGCUACACUGGAGCACCACCACUUCAACCAUGCUGUUAUGAUCCUGCAGAGCGAGGGUCACAACAUCUUCUCCAACCUCUCAUCCACGGAGUACAGCGACCUCAUGCAGCUGCUGAAGUUGUCCAUCCUGGCCACAGACCUCACGCUCUACUUCGAGAAUAGAAACAUGUUCUUUGAGUUGGUCAGCAAAGGAGAGUACAACUGGAAUGUGAAAGCUCAUAGGGACAUGUGCCGGUCAAUGAUGAUGACAGCGUGUGAUCUUGGUGCCGUCACGAAGCCCUGGGAUAUAUCACGCAAGGUUGCAGAGUUGGUGACGAGCGAGUUCUUCGAGCAGGGUGACAGAGAGAGGCUGGAGCUGAAGCUCACGCCCUCCGCCAUCUUUGACCGAAACAGGAAGGACGAGCUGCCAGGGCUCCAGCUGGAGUGGAUCGAUGGAAUCUGCGCGCCUUUGUACGAGACCCUGGUCAAGUUGAACCCUAAACUUCAGCCCAUGUUUGACAGGAUCCGAGCUAACAGGGGCAAAUGGGAGGAACUGAACAAGAAGAGACAAUCUAGAGCGAGCGUGUCCGACGCCCCCAGCCCCUGCAGUGGUGACAGCACAGAAACCAGUGGCUGCACCGCGGCCAAAACUGGCAGCACACCCUGCUGCGGCGGCAGCACUGAUGGCACACAGAAGACAGCCAGUUAGCUUCUGCUGACGCGCUAAUGUCCCAGCCUUUUUUUCCUCUCCCCAAUGCAAUCUGCAGCAGAGGCAGUGCAGUGCAUGCAGAGGUUCCCGGCUCUGCUCCUCUUCGCUUUUUGCUACUUGAGAUGAGCUUUAUUUGGCGCUGUCUUAAGGUUAUUCUGAUCCUUUCAGUUUCCCUUUGACUGAAGGAUGACAGAUUUGUUUGGCAAGAUUUUUAGAGCUUUGGCGAGAUACUUUUCAGAAAAGACGAAGCACAACUUUUAUGUCCGCCGAGGUUGGAUUUCAACCUGGUGACUUGUUGCUUGUAUUUUGACAGAUAUUUUUUUGUAAAUCUGUAAAUAGGCUACUGAGUAUAUUUACAAGUGCUGUUGGGAAAAAAAAAAAAAUACGUGUAUGCAUUUGAUUGGAAUGUUGUGUGGUGGUGGAGCUGCAGAGAUGGAGGUGCUGGAACAGCAGCGCCUGUGAUGGUGCUUGCAUUGCAAAUUGAAUUCUCCGCUCCCUCCCUUCCUGUGCCUUGUUUUAGGAUCCUUCAAAAAAAAAAAAAAUGCAUGGCCUCUUCUCUGAGGUUGUUGGACAGUAUGGUAUCGACGUUGAUUCAUACUGUGUUUAUGCCAUAAUUUUUAAAACCAGUGACUGUAGUUAAGUCUUGACCCCUUGAUAGCCAAAAUAUUACUUAUAAAUAUAUAUAUAUUGCCCUGUUUUUUUUAAUAUUAUUACAGGGCCUCAGUUCUCACACACAAUGUGCCUUGAGAAAGUUCUUCUCAUAUUUAUUUAUACACAGCUACACUGAUUUAAAAACCUAAAACUCAACUGUUCAGUUUCACAAGCAGCAGAAAGAAGUUUUUUAUAUUGUUUUGCUUAUUAAUUUGAGUUAUUUUGAGGCUACAGUCAGUCAUUUGAGAUCAAAAUUUAAAUCAAAAUUCAUAAAGUGGAUGUGAAAUUUUCUUAUCGUGUCUAAAAGCUUUUAAAAAAAAUAGAUAUUUUUCAUGGAUUUA